GAGAGCGAGAGCUAGCUAGAGCUGCAUGCUGAACGAACCUGGACCCUUGACGCACCGGUGAUGGCGAGCAAGGGGAGUGGAAGAGGGCGUGUAUUGAGAGACCAGGACGGAGAGCGGAGACCUGGCAAGAGCCAGGCGUCGUCUCGUCCUGAGCCAAAGGCACCCCAGACAGUCGAGGGACUGGCAAAGUACCUGAAAUCCCUCGCAAGCGGCGACAACCUCAAAAACUACGGCGGAGUCUUUGCAGACAUGUUCUGGGAGUUCUCCAGCAACGAGGAGAGGUUUACGGAGGCCGUGGCCCUGAUAAUCGACACUACAGUGGCGGACCGAGACUACGUACACCUUGGGGUACUCGUGUGUCAGCUGAUCCUGGAGAAAAAACAAGGUCCCAAGUUCAGAAUGGCCCUCAUGAAGUGGUUCGAAAACCAGUUCCGUUCAAAGGCCGACAUACGAGCAGUUUCAAUCGAAAAGUGGCUCUCUGUAUUUGCGUUCAUGUGCGAGAUACACUCGUGUGUGUUGCUGAGUGGACAGCCCAUUUCAGUGCUGGGUGCUGCCAUCUUUACAAGCAUAGAGUUUCUCUUGAAGCAACCAGACCGCGAAGACGACGAGGUAGACUGCAUUUGUUCGUCUUUGAAACUGUGCGGAAAGACCCUGGAAGUUACAAACCAAGACAAGAUGGAUGCGCUCAUGGACACACUUCGAGGAAUCGUCAUUUCAAAGCAGAGCAGUUGUCGCGUGCGGUGUCUUGUGCUUGAGAUACUGGAACUGCGGGCCAUGGGCUGGAGUGACUCAUCGCAGAAAACACUGGAGAAGUUUUAUGUCGAUGGACUAAUGGAUGCAGUGGCUCAAGACGAGAUCGCCAGUGGGCCACAACCAUAACCACUUUUCUCUGUUUGUGGCUUCCCACUCCUCCUCACUAGCUUUAUACCAACAAAACUUACACUGAACAUGAACAAGCUCAGCAAGUGUGUAUAUACCGACAGACACAGAUUGACUUGGCCAACCAAUCGACAUUUUUAAAUGCUGGUUUUGGUGUAUGUAGUUUUCAUCUUUUUCUGCACAAUGUUCUCCAAUGUAUAAUGCAAUCACCACAUAGCUGU